AUCGCCAUAAAACCCUCACAUCCAGCAGCUUCGCUAUUCCGUUCUGGUCACUCUCCAAUAUCUGCACAGCCAUGGCGCAAACCCUAGCUCGUUCCUUCACCUCCUCUCGUCAUCUCACCCUCUCCUCGCUCAUCCCUAAACGACUCUUCUCCUCUUCCACCUCGUCGAUCACUCGUCCUCCUUCUCCUGCCACGCUUCUCUUCUCCCGUCGUCCUCUGCUCCCGAUCUCCCAUGCCGUCCGCUCCGUCAUCCCCGUAUCUGCCCCUCGUUACACCGCGAUUCGCUGCCGGGUCAAUCGCUCCGGAAACUCGUACUCCCCGCUGAACUCCGGCUCCAACUUCAACGAGCGUCCUCCCACAGAGAUGGCCCCGCUUUUCCCUGGCUGCGACUACGAGCACUGGCUCAUUGUUAUGGACAAGCCGGGCGGCGAAGGAGCCACCAAGCAGCAGAUGAUCGAUUGCUACGUUCAGACGUUGGCCCGUGUCCUCGGCAGCGAGGAGGAAGCGAAGAAGAAGAUAUACAACGUUUCUUGUGAGAGAUACUUUGGGUUUGGAUGUGAGAUUGACGAGGAGACGUCUAACAAGCUGGAAGGUUUGUUUUCUGGAUUGCCCGGUGUUCUCUUUGUGUUGCCUGAUUCUUAUGUCGAUCCUGAGUACAAGGACUAUGGCGCUGAGCUGUUUGUGAAUGGGGAGAUAGUUGCUAGAUCCCCAGAGAGGGAGAGGAGAGUACAGCCCCAGCCGCAAAGAGCCAACGAUCGGCCACGAUACAAUGACAGAACUAGAUAUGUACGCCGCAGGGAACAACAACGGUGAUCUGAAACAAGAAGUUGGUUGGAUGUUUUCAGCUCUUGAACUGAACUGGUGUUGGUUGAACUUAACUAUCCCUGCUUCAAUGUGAUAAAAUUAGUUUUUAUUUUUAUUUUUUUUUAUUUGUGGGAGGCGACUCUUGAGUCUUAGUUAUCCCUCUACUUCCAUGUGAUAAAGUAGUGUGACCUCGACUCUUGGGACUUGAAUGUGAACUAUUAUGUGAACUAUGUGGUAUAUACUGUUUAUCUUUAAGCUAGCGGUGGUAAAAUGUGACCGAUUGUUAACCCUAAAAUUGAAAAUCGAUAAUCUCACACUUUUCUCUCGGUACCAAGCCAAAUUAUCAUGGGUAAAUGCGAGAGCACUGUGAUGGA